AUGAGUGACCACGAUUCGGCCAUUGACAUUGACUCAUGGCGCCAUUCCGUGCCCAGCCGCCUCGAGCGCGAAGACCCAUUCGCUAAUGAUGGGUUUGGGGAGCGGCCCGUCACUCGGCUGACGUUCCGGGAGCAUGAAUCUCCUGAAGAAGAACGAGAACGACCCGCCUCUAGGUUCAGUGUCUUCCGCGCCAGGCUCUUUCCACCAAAGCGGCAGCGCUGCGAUAGCGACGACGAGUCGACCAUUUACCAGCGUCCGGACACGGCACUAUCCUCGCGCACCAAGACGGCCAAGAAACGGGGCGGGGGCGGCUUCCUCACGGGCCUCACGGGCCUCUGGCGGCGCGGCAAGAAGCGUACCCGCGACGAGUUUGAGGACGAGUACGGCCAAGGCUACGACAAGGACGAGGCAGUGGUGUCUGUCUGUCGGCCGUCUGUGGUCGUUGAACCGGUUCUAUCGAGGCCGCUUCAUCUAAAUUUCCUCUUCGUCGGGUGUCCGUCCUCGGGUCAGACUUCGCUUCUCUAUCGCAUUCGCUAUGGCUACUUCCCAGAUACAUCAGUCAUGCCGCGCACGCGGUAUGAGACGUACACUCAUCAGCCGCGCUGCAACAGCGCCGCGCGCGUUGAGCUCUGGGAUACCUCCGGCGCGCCAGACCUCGCGACCGUGCAGCUACUGGCACAUAUCCACUGGGAUGUCAUCUUUCUCUGCUUCGAUAUAAGCGACGCCUCGUCUCUACAGGCGAUUGUUGCCUGGUGGAAAUUCACGGCUGAUGGUCUCUUUUCGAAAUCAAAGCCCCUACCGCCAGCGCUCCGCCUCCUCGGCACCAAAAAAGACCUUCGUCAUCGCAGCGCCUCGGCGCGGCGCUUCAGUCUCGGCUACUACUACCAACAGCUCCCACUGUCGGCGUCGAUGCAUACUGUCGCAGCGGCGUCGGCGUGUGUCUCGACCGCGCAGGCGGCAUGGCAGGCGAAAUAUGUAAAGGCGAAAUACUACGAAUGCUCGGCGCUCACGGGCGAGGGCGUGGACAGGCUCGUCGAGGAAACGGCAGCCGAGGUGACACGCGCGAUUGUGGACAAGGAGUACGCGCUGUAUCGCGGGAUCAAGAGGCUGGCUUUGGGGGCUGACGAGGAUUGCUGA